ACUAAUCUCUGGUUAGUUUGUGCCUCACUGCCACGCAUCUCGUAGACCUCGUGGCCUUUAGUACAUUUAAUCACGUUCUCUGUGCAUAAUAGUUCCCAACUAUGACUUGAAUCUAUAUCUAAAACAGGAAAUUGCUCAGAAUAAUUAUUGGAUGUACAUACCAACUGUAUUUUGGUUCAAUAAUCAUCAAUCCAGAUUAAAAAUAACUACAGUUAUGUCAAAGUCUAUCAGCAGGUGCCUUUAUGGACCAUUGAGUUUCAAAGCAAAGAAAUCGAAAAUAUCAUUAUCAAUGUGUAUGUUCAUUUAAGCUGCUGUUAUAAUUUAAAUAGGUGACAAGAUAUAUGUUGAGUGUUGAAAUGGUGUAUUUAUGAUUAGUGAUAGCUUAUGUAAUCUAUAAAUUAGAACAUUACUAUAGAUUCAAUCAUGUUUAAGUUACAACACGAUACAGUAUGCCUAAAAAUAUCCUCUGCUCUUGGCUAUGGUAUAUCGUCCUUGAUGAUAACUGUAAUAAACAAAACAGUGUUGACAUCGUUUGAUUUUCCAUCGUUUCAAGUACUAGGCAUUGGACAAAUGUUGGCUACUAUUAUAGUUCUUUUCAUUGCCAAAGCAUUUGGUUAUAUAAAAUAUCCUGAUUUAGAAAGGUCUACCUUCAAAAAAAUUUGGCCUUUGCCAUUGAUAUAUAUUUGUAACAUGAUCUUUGGUCUUGGUGGGACUAAGCAAAUAAGUCUUCCAAUGUUUACUGUGUUAAGGAGGUUUAGUAUAUUGAUGACAAUGAUAGGGGAAUAUUAUAUUCUUGGUGUUAAAGCAAGAACUACUAUUCAGUUAAGUGUGUACACUAUGAUUCUAGGAGCUCUUAUAGCAGCUUCCAAUGAUUUAGCUUUCAAUAUGGAAGGGUAUAUUUUUAUUUUACUUAAUGAUUUCUUCACUGCUGCUAAUGUUGUGUACAUGAAGAAAAAAUUGGACUCUAAAGAGUUAGGAAAAUAUGGAAUAAUGUAUUAUAAUUCUCUAUUUAUGGUGAUUCCAGCUGUUUUGCUUGUCUGGUGGACAGAUGACAUUGACAAAGCAAUAAAAUUUCCUCAUUGGACUAAUGCACUGUUUUUAAUACAAUUUGUAAUGUCUUGUUUUAUGGGUUUUGUAUUAUCUUAUAGUGUGAUUUUGUGUACAUAUUAUAAUUCUGCUUUGACAACUACAAUAAUAGGAUGUCUAAAAAAUAUCUCUGUCACUUAUUUGGGUAUGAUCAUAGGAGGAGAUUACAUAUUUUCUUGGGUGAAUUUCAUAGGUCUGAAUUUGAGCGUUUUAGGAAGUUUGAUUUAUACUUGGGUUACAUUUAGUAGAAAAGAGCCUUCUGAGCCAAAGUACUCUCCUCUAUUAGAGGAGCAGAAAGACAUCAAGACACAAGUUGUAUGACCUUCAGGUAGUAUUUUUGUUUAAAGUUAAAUUUUAAUUUAUGAAUCGGAGUACAUUUUUCAAAUAAUUGUUUCUUAUUCCAAGCAUUUAUAUUAGAAAUACAAUUUUCAAUAAACAUAUAUCAAAUAAAACGAAACCCUCUCGAAAAAGGGUAGGAUCUUCAAAACGCACAUUUUCAAGUAAGAAUACAUAUAAAUACAUUGACGUGAUCGUUGAUGAAUGAUAGUCAAGAGUGAAAAUGGUUCAAUCGACAUGUGCUGUUUUAUCGUCUUUUAUCAAAGUAUUUUCGUUUCGAAUUAUUUUUUUAUGUAAAUGCUCAUGUCACGAGAUUGUAAUCACUCAUUACGUACCAAAGCCAAGUUACUGUUACCACGGACAGUAUCAAGUGCCAUAAGUAUACAGUAGCUUGUAUAUUGUUUAGGCCAAAUAAUUAAUUGAUUUUAUUAGUUGUGAAGAUUUAUGUUUAGAUCUUGUGUAUUGUAUCAUUAAAAUGUUCCAAUGUGUUCCUAGCGCUAUCACGUGUAAAAAUUAAGAAGCGAAAG